AUGAGGCCCAUCGAAAAAUUUAGCAGAUUGAAACUACACAUAACGGAGGAAGCUGCUGGUGCGAUUUCGUACUUGGAUCUAACUGAAGACAAUUACACCAAGGCGAUAGAAAUUCUAAAUGGGAAAUACAACAAACCGAGAUCGGUGAAAGCUGACCAUUAUAUUGCCAUUACAGAACUAAGAAAAGUAGAACGUCAAGAGGACCACAAAGCCUUACGACAACUACACGACAAGGCAAUGGGCCAUGCUUUAAAUCUCGACAACCUAGAACAGCCUACAGCUCAAAACGAAGCUAUUAUGGAGAUCAUCAUAAGAAAACUGCCAAUUGAGUUAAUAUCAAGAUGGCACGGAGAGACCAGACGGUCACAGAAGACAUUGAAACAUCUCUUUAGUUUCAUCGAUUCGAUAGCUGAAGACUGGAAAUAUGCCUAUUCCACAGAGAAACACGAGAAGAAGAAGACGAAACCAGAAGCACCAGAGAAACCACAACGAGUUACGUUCGCAACAACGCCAACGGCAGCUGAGUUAGCAGUCACAGGGACUGCAACUGAAUACCCAAGAAAUCCGAAGUACCGGAAACAGUUUAACUUGGAAAAAAGUAGAUGUUUAUUUUGUAAUGAUAAACACCCCCCGACCAAAUAUGAUGUCACACUAGAAAACAAAAUUGAGCAAGUUAAGAAAGAAAAAAGGUGUUGGAAGUGCCUUGGACAAAAUCAUCAAGUGAAAGAGCAAUCAAUAAUAAUAGCAUCAAGUAAAUGCUACAAAUGCGGAAAAGAUCACCACACGGCCAUCUGCAACAGGGCAGUUAAUCCGAAAUCGGUGACGGCAACAUUGGCGGCAUCUCCAAUGUUAAAGGUAGCAGAUGACGCUCCUCUUUCAAUAGAAGCACGCCUAUUUGGUGGCGUAUACGUCCAAACGGCAACAGUAAUAGUGGAGGGCCCAAAAGGAUGGUUGAAAGCUAUUGCUUACAUCGAUCAAGGAUCGAAUGCAACCUUAAUUCGAAGCGAACUCGCUCAAACUCUAGGACUACAGGAAGUCGGGAAAAUCAAUCUGAAGCUGCAAGCAGUGGGACACGUGCAUCCAGAAAAAGAACGGAGCGUAAGAAAGUUGCGACUUCAAGGACUCAUCCCACAAGCCGAAGAGAUUGAAUUAGAAGCGAUCGAGCAGCCCGAAAUCGGGAAGGUUGCUGGAUCAAAAAAGACAGAAUUCGUCAGCGAACUUUGGAGUCAAGGAUACCAACUCACAGAUGACAGCCCACACAACAAUUGA